AUGCCGAUUUCUGGAAGCUGCUGUAUGGCGGCGUCACCUGACAAUAGGUUUGCCACUGGGCCAAAGCCCCUCUUUGCGGGGUCAGAUGGGAACCACAUACUGCUUGGGUCAGCUAAGACAGAAGGAAACAAGACCCAGGCUACAGAACGGCUCACUGGGCUGAGAAGGCUCUCCGGAAUGUGUUUGCCAGCCAAUCAACAAGGCCCCGGUGCUCUCCGACGGACCAUUCUCCUAAUCCUCCUGUGGCUGGCGGCCUGGGCUCGGGCCUUGGAACCAGUGAGGGACGAAGCGCGCAAGAGAGGCCAGAGAGCCCUCGAGUCCAAGUCCAGGCUGCCUUCCAACCGUCCCGCUUGGCCGGACCUGUCUCACCUGCCUUCCAAGCUGCAGCCGUUCCCCAUGCCUCGGGCACGGGGGUCUGCUUGCCAGCUCCUGCCACUUCUCCUUGGUCUUCUGGGCCUCUCUCUGGGGGAGAGCCGGCAGCAGGGGCAGAGGGAGCACCGGGAGCAGCAGUCCCUGCCGGCGCCCCCGCACCAAGCUCUGGGCUCGAAGGAAGCUUUCCUGCUGCUCUCCCUCCACAACAGACUGAGGAGUAAAGUCCGCCCACAGGCUGCCAACAUGCAGAGAAUGGACUGGAGUGACAAACUAGCCCACCUGGCCCAGGAGUGGGCUGCCAGCUGUGAGCCCGAGGCCCCAGCCCCAGCCCCGCGCCAGGCCCUGCAGCUCGGCUGGAACGUGCAGCUCCUGCCCGCGGGCGCUGCCUCCUUCUCCGACGUGGUGAUGCUGUGGUUCGGAGAGGGGCGGCACUACAGCCACUCCACGGCCCAGUGUGCCAACAAUGCCACUUGCAGCCACUACACCCAGCUGGUGUGGGCCACCUCGAGCCAGCUGGGUUGCGGGCAUCACACGUGCGCCGAGGAAUCCGGGGAGAUGGACCUGUUUGUCUGCGCCUAUUUCCCUGGAGGUAACUGGAAGAUGAACGGGAAUACCAUUGUCCCCUACAAGAAAGGGGCCGGGUGCUCUCUCUGCACCGCGGGGGUCUCCGGCUGCUUCAAGUCGUGGGAUCAUGGCGGUGGGCUCUGUGAGGUGCCCAGGAACCCCUGCCGCGUGAGCUGCCGGAAUGGUGGACACCUCAACGUGACCACCUGUCACUGUGCCUGCCCUCCAGGCUACACUGGCAGGUACUGCCAAGUGCGGUGCAGCGUGCGGUGCCUAUACGGGAGCUUCCGGGAGGAGGAAUGCUCCUGCCUCUGCGACGUUGGCUACGGUGGAGCCGAGUGCGCAACCAGGGUGCCAUUUCCCUUUCACGCCUGCGACCUGCAGAUAGACGGGGACUGUUUCAUGGUCUCCUCUGAAGCGGACACUUACUACGGAGCCAAGAGUAAAUGCCAGGGGAAGGGAGCUGUGCUAGCUCAGAUCAGGAAUCAGAAAGUGCAGGACAUCCUCGCCUUCUACCUGGGCCGCCUGGAAACCACGAACGAGGUGACGGACACCGACUUUGAGACCAGGAACUUCUGGAUCGGCCUCACCUACAAGACCUCCAAGGAUUCGUUUCGCUGGGACACCGGAGAGCCGUUCGCCUUUACCAGCUUUGCGUUUGGGCAGCCGGACAACCAGGGGUUUGGGAACUGCGUGGAACUGCAGGCAUCGGCCGCCUUCAACUGGAACGACCAACGCUGCAAAACCCGCAACCGCUACAUCUGCCAGUUUGCUGAAGAGCAUAUUUCCCGGUGGGACCCAGAGCCCUGAGAGAGCCCAGCGCCAUCCAAGCAUCCCCCAACAUUUCCUUCGGUUCCCAGCCCUCAGCCAAGCCAUUCCAGAAGGCACAGGAAGAGGGGCCACCGACAUUCUUGGGAGAGGAAGCUGCUUCCCUCUAGGACCUGCUGUGUUCUCCUGGCUGGCCCAGAUUCCCAUCCCCGUGGCCAAGGGUUGGGUCCAGGGAGAGGGUGAAGCCCCCAGGAGAUCUGUUGGACCCCCGACCAAGAAAGGGAUGAGAGAGGGACCCCAGGAGAGUGGGCUAAGGGGAUAGAGCUCCUUUGGACUAUUUGCACUGAUUUUUUU